AUGUCUGAGUGGACGCUUCUGAAGCGUCUCCUGGACGCCGUGCACCAGCAUUCCACCCUGAUCGGCCGGAUCUGGCUGACGGUCAUGGCCAUCUUCCGGCUGCUGGUGGUGGCGGUGGCGGCGGAGGACGUCUACGAGGACGAGCGCACCAUGUUCGUCUGCGAUACGCUCCAGCCGGGCUGCACCAACGUCUGCUACGACGCCUUCGCGCCCAUCUCGCAGCCGCGUUUUUGGGUCUUCCAUAUCGUCGCCGUGUCCACGCCGUCGCUCCUCUUCAUCCUCUACACGUGGCACAACCUGUCCAAGGUGCCGGCGCCCGGGAAGGACGUAGCGGGUGCGGCGGACGGAUGCGUGAGGAACUGUAACUCCGAGAGCUGCUCCAUCACGUCCCAUCAUCACCUGGGACACAGUAUGGAUAUCAUCCUGGAGAAGAGCAUGCUGGGUCACGCCGAGCCGGCGUCUCCGGCGGGACGUUCCUCUGGGGUUCUGUCCAAAGCGUACGUUCUUCACGUGUGUUCCCGUGCGCUCUUAGAGCUGGCGUUCCUUUCCCUGCAGUGGCUCCUGUUCGGCUUUCGGGUCCCGUUCCGUUUCGCGUGCGCCGUCCCCCCGUGUCCUCAGCGCGUCCACUGCUACGUCUCGCGUCCCACCGAGAAAACCGUCUUCCUCGUCUUCAUGUUCUGCGUCGGCGUCUUCUGCGUCCUGUUGAACCUGCUGGAGCUGAACCACCUGGGCUGGAAGAAGAUCAGGAGGUCGGUGCGGGCGAGGGGAACGCCGAGGAGCGGCGGGUUUUACGGGACGAUGGGCGGAGACGGAAGGUCCGGGACGAACAGCGCCGCGUCUCUCCCCACGUUAGAUCUCCUGGUGGAGAGUCGUAGCGGGUGGACGUGUUUGGGUAACGAGUGCUGCUCCGGGGUCACGGGGGACGACGCAGGUUUGGAAAACUCAUGGAGAAACGAGUCGGACAAAGUAAAGAAACCGCGACCACCAAAAGCACGAGCGUCCAAACGAAGCGCCGAAGUCUGGAUAUGA